CCGCGGGGGGGUGAGGUCCGCGGCCCCCCGCCCUCCCCCCAGCCCUCGCCCGCCCCCUCCCCGGCCCGCUCGCCCUCCGGGGCGGUGGGGCAUGGCCUGAGGGUCCCCGUGAACGGGGGGUGGGGGUGGGGGAGGGGGGAGGGCCGCGGGCGCCGCCGACCGGGACUCAGCAGCCCCGCCAGGCAGCUGCCUGUGAUGCUGCUGUCCCCCGUCGCCCCGUGGCCCCACGAUGACCCACAGCCCCGCGACAAGCGAGGACGAGGAACGCCACAGUGCCAGCGAGUGUCCCGAGGGGGGCUCAGAAUCCGACAGCUCCCCAGACGGGCCAGGGAGAGGCCCCCAGGGGACUCGGGGCCCGGGCAGCGGAACACCUGGUAACCUGGCCUCUACCCGAGGCCUCCAGGGACGCUCCAUGUCUGUCCCCGACGACGCCCACUUCAGCAUGAUGGUUUUCAGGAUUGGCAUCCCUGACUUGCACCAGACGAAAUGCCUGCGCUUCAACCCUGAUGCCACCAUCUGGACAGCCAAACAGCAGGUACUGUGUGCCCUGAGUGAGAGCCUACAGGAUGUGCUUAACUACGGACUGUUCCAGCCGGCCACCUCAGGCCGGGAUGCCAACUUCCUGGAAGAAGAGAGGCUGCUAAGAGAGUACCCCCAGUCCUUUGAAAAGGGGGUACCCUACCUGGAGUUCCGCUACAAGACCCGAGUCUACAAACAGACCAACCUGGAUGAGAAACAGCUGGCCAAAUUGCACACGAAGACGGGGUUGAAGAAGUUCCUGGAAUAUGUGCAGCUCGGGACGUCCGACAAGGUGGCAAGGCUGCUGGACAAGGGGCUGGACCCCAAUUACCAUGACUCAGAUUCAGGAGAGACACCUUUGACCCUGGCGGCCCAGACUGAAGGCUCAGUAGAGGUGAUUCGAACGCUGUGCCUGGGUGGGGCUCACAUAGACUUCAGGGCCCGGGAUGGCAUGACAGCGCUGCACAAGGCUGCAUGUGCUCGGCACUGCCUGGCACUCACGGCACUUCUGGACCUUGGGGGCUCCCCCAACUACAAGGACCGCCGAGGGCUGACCCCCCUGUUCCACACAGCUAUGGUGGGGGGCGAUCCCCGCUGCUGCGAGCUGCUUCUGUACAACAGGGCCCAGCUGGGCAUUGCGGAUGAGAACGGCUGGCAGGAAAUCCACCAGGCCUGCCAACGGGGCCACUCUCAGCACCUGGAACACCUGCUCUUCUAUGGGGCUGAGCCUGGAGCCCAGAAUGCCUCAGGAAACACAGCCCUGCACAUCUGUGCUCUCUACAACAAGGAGACCUGUGCCAGGAUCCUCCUUUAUCGUGGAGCAAACAAGGAUGUGAAAAAUAAUAACGGACAGACACCCUUCCAGGUGGCUGUGAUUGCUGGGAAUUUUGAGCUGGGGGAGCUGAUCCGUAACCAUCGAGAACAGGAUGUGGUACCCUUCCAGGAGUCCCCCAAGUAUGCAGCCCGGCGUCGGGGAACCCCAGGUGCAGGCCUGACUGUGCCUCCAGCACUGCUGCGAGCUAACAGCGACACAAGCAUGGCCCUGCCUGACUGGAUGGUGUUUUCGGCCCCAGGGGCCUCAUCAUCUGGGACCCCUGGCCCUACCUCAGGACCCCAGGGCCAGUCACAGCCCUCAGCCCCCAGCACUAAGCUCAGUAGUGGGACCCUCCGAAGUGCCAGCAGCCCCCGAGGUGCCCGGGCACGCUCCCCAUCCCGGGGGAGACAUCCCGAAGAUGCCAAGAGACAGCCUCGAGGCCGGCCCAGCUCCAGCGGGACACCCCGAGAAGGGCCGGCUGGGGGAACUGGGGGCUCAGGGGGCCCUGGGGGCUCCCUGGGCAGCAGAGGCAGACGUAGGAAGCUCUAUUCAGCGGUACCCGGACGUUCCUUCAUGGCCGUGAAGUCAUACCAGGCGCAAGGCGAGGGGGAGAUCUCUCUGAGUAAAGGCGAGAAGAUCAAAGUGCUCAGCAUCGGGGAAGGAGGCUUCUGGGAAGGCCAGGUCAAAGGUCGAGUUGGCUGGUUCCCCUCUGACUGCCUAGAAGAGGUGGCAAACCGCUCCCAGGAGGGAAGACAAGAAAGCCGAAGCGACAAGGCAAAGAGACUCUUCAGGCAUUACACAGUGGGUUCCUACGACAGCUUCGAUGCCCCAAGUCUGAUCAAUGGGAUUGACUCAGGGAGUGAUUACAUCAUCAAGGAGAAGACAGUCUUACUGCAGAAGAAGGACAGUGAGGGGUUCGGGUUCGUGCUGCGGGGGGCCAAGGCGCAGACCCCCAUCGAGGAAUUCACCCCCACCCCGGCCUUCCCGGCGCUGCAGUACCUCGAGUCUGUGGACGAGGGUGGCGUGGCAUGGCGGGCUGGACUACGAAUGGGAGACUUCCUCAUCGAGGUGAAUGGACAGAAUGUAGUAAAGGUUGGCCACCGUCAGGUGGUCAACAUGAUCCGCCAGGGAGGCAACACACUGAUGGUCAAGGUGGUGAUGGUGACCAGACACCCAGACAUGGACGAGGCCGUCCACAAGAAAGCAUCCCAGCAGGCUAAGCGGCUCCCGCCCCCAGCCAUCUCCCUGCGUUCCAAGUCUAUGACCUCAGAGCUGGAGGAAAUGGUCUCCCCCUGGAAGAAGAAAUUUGAAUAUGAACAACAGCCUGCGCCGGUGCCCAGCAUGGAGAAAAAGCGGACUGUGUAUCAGAUGGCACUCAACAAACUGGAUGAGAUCUUGGCGGCUGCUCAGCAGACCAUCAGUGCAAGUGAGGGUCCUGGGCCUGGUGGCCUCGCGUCCCUGGGCAAGCACCGGCCCAAAGGAUUCUUUGCCACUGAGUCAAGCUUUGAUCCCCACCACCGCUCCCAGCCAAGUUACGACCGGCCUUCCUUCCUGCCUCCUGGACCUGGCCUUAUGCUCCGGCAGAAGUCUAUUGGGGCUGCGGAAGAUGACAGACCCUACUUAGCACCCCCAGCCAUGAAAUUCAGCCGUAGUCUGUCUGUCCCCGGUUCAGAGGACAUACCCCCACCCCCCACCACAUCCCCACCAGAACCUCCCUACAGCACACCUCCGGCCCCCUCCUCUUCUGGCCGCCUCACUCCCUCCCCUCGGGGAGGCCCCUUCAACCCCGGUUCUGGGGGUCCCCUCUCGGCCUCCUCCCCUUCAUCUUUCGAUGGGCCAUCUCCUCCUGACACCCGUGGUGGGGGCAGAGAGAAGAGCCUGUAUCACAGUGGAGCCCUACCCCCUGCCCAUCAUCAUCCACCUCAUCAUCACCAUCAUCACGCCCCACCUCCACAGCCCCACCAUCACCAUGCACACCCUCCUCACCCCCCGGAGAUGGAGACAGGAGGUUCCCCCGACGAUCCCCCACCUCGAUUGGCCCUGGGACCCCAGCCUAGCCUUCGAGGCUGGCGGGGCGGAGGACCCAGCCCAACCUCAGGGGCCCCAUCGCCUUCCCACCACAGUAGCAGCGGAGGCAGCAGCGGCCCCACUCAGGCUACCGCCCUGCGCUACUUCCAGCUGCCCCCGAGGGCGGCCAGUGCAGCUAUGUACGUGCCUGCUCGCUCGGGCCGAGGUCGCAAGGGCCCACUGGUCAAGCAGACCAAAGUGGAAGGCGAGCCCCAGAAGGGCAGCCUCCCUCCUGCGUCCUCCCCAACAUCCCCGGCGUUGCCACGGCCUGAACCACCUCCGGCCGGGCCGUCGGAGAAAAAUUCCAUCCCCAUCCCUACCAUUAUCAUCAAAGCCCCAUCCACCAGUAGCAGCGGCCGCAGCAGCCAGGGGAGCAGCACAGAGGCCGAGCCCCCCACCCAGCCCGACGGCGCGGGCGGUGGCGGGUCCUCGCCCAGCCCUGCGCCUGCCACGUCCCCGGUGCCGCCGUCCCCGUCGCCCGUGCCCACCCCUGGGUCGCCCAGCGGCCCGGCCACCCUGGACUUCACCAGCCAGUUUGGAGCAGCCCUGGUGGGCGCGGCGCGGAGGGAGGGAGGCUGGCAGAACGAAGCCCGGCGGCGGUCCACGCUGUUCCUGUCCACCGAUGCGGGAGAUGAGGAUGGAGGCGACAGCGGGCUGGGCCCGGGGGCGCCCCCAGGUCCCCGGCUGCGCCAUUCCAAAUCCAUUGAUGAAGGCAUGUUCUCCGCCGAGCCGUACCUCCGGCUAGAGUCGGGGGGCAGCAGCGGGGGCUACGGGGCCUACGCAGCCGGCAGCCGAGCCUACGGGGGCAGCGGGAGCAGCAGCGCCUUCACUAGCUUCCUACCCCCGAGGCCCCUGGUGCAUCCGCUGACUGGCAAGGCCUUGGAUCCCGCCUCUCCGCUGGGGCUGGCCUUGGCCGCCCGGGAGCGGGCCUUGAAGGAAUCCUCGGACGGUGGGGGCACCCCCCAGCCGCCUCCGAGACCCCCAUCGCCACGCUACGACGCCCCGCCGCCCACCCUCCACCACCACUCACCCCACUCACCCCAUUCGCCACAUGCGCGUCACGAGCCAGUGUUGCGCCUCUGGGGGGACCCGGCGCGCCGGGAGCUGGGGUACCGGGCAGGCCUAGGGAGUCAGGAGAAGGCUCUUCCCGCCAGUCCACCUGCAGCUCGCCGCUCUCUACUGCACCGUCUGCCCCCGACGGCUCCUGGGGUCGGGCCGCUCCUGCUGCAGCUGGGGCCGGAACCCCCAACUCCCCUUCCUGGGGUGAGCAAGGCCUGGCGCACUGCAGCCCCCGAGGAGCCUGAGCGGCUGCCUCUGCACGUGCGGUUCCUUGAGAAUUGCCAGGCCCGGCCUCCCGCAGCGGGAGCGAGAGGGUCUUCCACUGAAGAUGGGCCUGGGGUUCCACCGCCCAGCCCUCGCAGGGUCUUGCCAGCCUCUCCAACCUCCCCGCGGGUCAGUGAGGAGAACGGCCUUCCGCUGCUGGUCCUGCCGCCGCCAGCCCCUUCGGUGGAUGUGGACGACGGCGAGUUUCUUUUUGCGGAGCCGCUGCCUCCACCCCUGGAGUUUUCCAAUAGCUUCGAAAAGCCAGAGUCGCCUCUCACGCCCGGGCCUCCCCACCCGCUGCCAGACCCUCCCUCCCCGGCUACCCCUCUACCUGCAGCCCCACCCCCGGCUGUGGCCGCAGCCCCUCCCACCCUGGAUUCCACCGCAUCUAGCCUGACCUCUUACGACAGCGAAGUGGCCACGCUGACCCAGGGGGCUCCUACGGCUCCUGGGGAUACUCCUGCUCCAGGCCCGCCGGCCCCAGCAGCCCCAGCUCCCCCAGCCCCGCAGCCAGGCCCCGAUCCUCCACCUGGCACGGAUUCUGGAAUCGAGGAGGUGGACAGUCGGAGCAGCAGCGAUCACCCGCUGGAGACCAUCAGCAGCGCGUCCACACUCAGCAGUUUGUCGGCCGAAGGAGGAGGCAACACAGGGGGCGUGGCUGGGGGCGGGGCCGGGGUGGCCAGUGGGACGGAGCUCCUGGACACCUACGUUGCCUACCUGGAUGGCCAGGCCUUCGGGGGCAGUGGGACUCCUGGCCCGCCAUACCCCCCACAGCUCAUGACUCCCUCCAAGCUCCGGGGCCGGGCGCUUGGGGCUGGUGGAAAUUUGAGACCUGGUCCCAGUGGGGGACUCCGAGAUCCUGUCACCCCCACCAGCCCUACUGUCUCUGUGACCGGAGCUGGAACAGAUGGGCUACUGGCCUUGAGUGCUUGCUCCGGACCCUCAACGGCAGGUGUGGCAGGGGGUCCCGUGGCGGUUGAGCCGGAAGUCCCGCCAGUACCUUUGCCCACUGCCUCGUCCUUGCCUCGGAAGCUGCUACCGUGGGAGGAGGGUCCGGGACCCCCACCACCACCCCUGCCAGGGCCCCUGUCCCAGCCUCAGGCCUCUGCCUUGGCCACGGUCAAAGCCAGCAUCAUCAGCGAACUCAGCUCCAAGCUCCAGCAGUUUGGUGGGUCCUCUGCCGCGGGAGGAGCUCUGCCUUGGGCUCGGGGAGGCAGCGGGGGCAGCACAGACAGCCACCACGGAGGAGCCAGUUACAUCCCAGAGAGGACCUCCUCCCUGCAGCGCCAGAGGCUCUCCGAAGACUCCCAGACCUCUCUCCUCUCCAAACCCAGCAGCAGCAUCUUUCAGAACUGGCCUAAACCCCCUCUGCCUCCACUCCCCACCGGAUCUGGGGUCUCCUCUUCGACGGCUGCAGCCCCGGGAGCUAUCUCCCCUUCAGCCUCCUCCGCCUCGGCUUCCACCCGACACCUGCAGGGCGUGGAAUUUGAGAUGCGGCCUCCGUUGCUCCGCCGGGCACCCAGCCCCUCGCUGCUGCCUGCCUCGGAUCACAAGGUCAGCCCAGCGCCCAGGCCCUCUUCUUUGCCCAUCCUGCCUUCAGGACCCCUCUACCCGGGCCUCUUCGACAUCCGUAGCUCCCCGACCGGAGGGGCAGGAGGCUCGGCUGACCCCUUUGCUCCAGUCUUUGUGCCGCCACACCCCGGGAUAUCUGGGGGUCUCGGAGGAGCCUUGUCGGGGGCCUCUCGCUCCCUAUCACCCACCCGCCUGCUCUCGCUACCCCCCGACAAGCCGUUCGGCGCCAAGCCUCUGGGGUUCUGGACCAAGUUUGACGUCGCCGAUUGGCUGGAGUGGCUGGGCUUAUCAGAGCACCGAGCCCAGUUCCUGGACCACGAGAUUGAUGGCUCCCACCUGCCCGCCUUGACCAAGGAGGACUAUGUGGACCUGGGCGUGACCAGGGUGGGCCACCGUAUGAACAUUGACCGGGCUCUCAAAUUUUUCCUGGAGAGGUGAUGGCUGGCCUGGACGGACCAACCCGUCCACAGGACCCUUGAGCCCGCUGACCUCUUGACCUCUGACCCCUCUGACCAUCAUUCUCUCCCCACCCCCUCAGGGGGCCAGGGAUUCUGCUGAAACUGUGCCCUGCCCCGUCUCCCCAGGCCUGACUGAAGUCCCCAAGUGGACCGGAUACAGGCCAGACACUGGCACCUCACAAGAGGUGGGCAGCUGAUACUAGACUGCGUGCGAGUGGAAAGGAGGGUGGGGGAGAUUAGAAAAUGACACAGGGGUACUGAGAAGGAGGGAAAGGUUGACUGGGAGGGGGAACAGACAGAGCCAUAGAGGGUCAGCCCAGAGCCUGUCCGGAUGGGGGGAGCUGCCCCCCAGACCGCAGGGGAAGGUGUGCCCUCCGAUUCCAUCACCUGCGCCCCUCUAAUAACCCUUUCCACCUCUCCAGGCCCCUCAGCCUCCCCCUCUCCCUGGCACUCCCAGCUGCCCCGCCCCUGCCUCUUGCACGCCGCUGGCUUCCCUCCCAGGCUGCGGUUUUGCACAAGCUUGCCCCCUGGCUGUCCUGCACACCGCUGGCCUGCAAGGCCCCCCAGCUCCCUAACACGCUGCGUUCUUUUUUGCUCAAGCGCCACGGCCUUUGCUAGCUUGCUCUCUGCAUUCUUUCUUCUUGGGAUGGAGGGUGGGGGGUUGCACCCUUUAUUUCUCUGAUCACCCUGGACCCAUGCUGCAGACACACAUGGGACUUUCCUUCCUCUCCUCCUCACAGACCCAGGCAUACUCCUGUAGCCCCUGGUCACCCCUUUUUUCUGCUCUGUCCUUGCACACUCUGAACACAUUUACCUCCAUUUCAUCCUUGGGGACACUUUCCUGUCCUGGCGCCCCCAAGCUCAUGAUGGCACUCCUGUCCCCUGCCUUCUCCAUUUUCUCUGACACAUUUUCUCGCACAUCCCUGGCACAUUCACAGCCCAGGUCUCUCUCUCUCUCUCUCUCUCUCUCUCUCUCUCUCUCUCUCUCUCUCUCUCUCUCUGGUUAUU